AUGAAAGGACGCGCGAGAAAGAAGCCGCAGCAGUUUGCUGCUCCUGCUGCUGCUGCUGCUGCUGCUGCUGCUGGUGAUGUUCUUGGUGCUGCUGCUGCUCCUGGUGCUGCUCUUGGCGCUGCUCUUCCUCCUCCUGCUGCUGCUGCUGCUGCUGCUGCUGCUGUUGCUAAACAUCUAACUGCUGAAAUGCAUCCUUUGGUCUUUGCUGCAGCUGCUGCAGCAGCAGCAGCAGCUGCUGCUGCUGGCGCUGCUGCUGCUGGCGCUGCUGCUGCAGUUUGUGCAGCAAAAGCAGAAGCAGCAGCAGCAGGACCACCAAAGCACAAACUGCUCCUGUUCAAACCAGCAGCAAACCGCACGGGACCAGCAGCAGCAGCAGGAGCUGCUGCUGCUGCUGCUGCUGCAGCAGAAGAACGAGCUGCUGCUCCUAAGCCGUUCAUCCCUCUCAGCAGCUUCCGGGGCCCCUGGGGCCCCCAAUGCACCCCAGGGGCCCCCACAGCCGCCCCCAGUACCAUAGGGGCCCCCUGGGGGCCCCCCUAUACAGUGGGGGCCCCCGGGGGGCCCGCCGUGCCCUUGGGGGGCCCCUGGGGUCCCUCUGUAUCGUUGGGGGCCCCUGGGGCCCCUCUGUACCCAGGGGGACCCCCGGGGGCCCCUCUGUACCCAGGGGGGCCCCGAGGGCCCCCUAGGCGGGCGGUGCAGCAGCGGGGGGCCCCCACACCCUUUGGGGGGCCCCUGAGUGGAAGGGGUGUGGCUGUUGAGGAGCAGACGGGCUCUAUCUUAGCCUCUGCAGUCUGCGGAGCGGAGAAGGGGAGAGUGCAGCAGCAGCUGCUGCAGCAGGAGCAGCAGCAGCAGCAGCAGCAGCAGCAAGAGCAGCAGCAGGAGAGCCAGCAACAGCAAAAGUGUGCCCAGGAUGCUGCGAGCUCCAGCCACAGCGGCAGCAGAAGAAUUCGAAGACAGCCUACUGCAGCAGCAGCAGCAGCAGCAGCAGCAGGAGCAGCAGCAGCGCUGCAGCAGCAUCGGUGCUUGCAGCAGCAGGAGCAGCAGCAGCAUCAGCAACAGCUGCUGCUGCUGCUGCUGCGCGUAAAAGAGCGGCAGCAGCAGCUGCUGCAGCAGCUCCUCGCAGGUCUAAAGCAGCAGCUGAGUCUGGCACGUCGAUUGGAGCUGCUGCAGCAGCUUCCUGCUGCGCUGCUGCAGCAGGUGCAGCAGCAGCUGCAGCAGGACCCUUUGCUGCUGAAGGUGCUGCAGCGUCGUGGCUCUGACGAAUUUCUGGGGGAGAGGUUUGCGGUGUACGGACACCUGCUGCAGCAGGAGCAGCAGCAGCAGCAGCAGCAACAGCAGCAGCAGCAGCAGCAGCAGCAGCAGCAGCAAGUAGACUUUGUCUGGUAUAACAGACGGGGUUGCAUGCGCCUCUGCAUCCCGAGGGCCCCCGACCUGCUGCAGCAGCUGAUGGAGCACUUCACUGUGUGCUAUGUGCAGCAGCAGCAGCAGCAGCAGCAGCAGCAACAGCAGCAGCAGCAGCAGCAACAGCAGCAAUCGAGCCGGAAGCAACAGGGAAGAAACCGAUUGAAGCCGCAACAGCAGCGACAAAACAGCAGCAGCAGCUGCAGCAGCAGCAGCAGCCUGCACAAGGGGAGGCAGCAACAGAGAGCUGCUGCUGGAAACCACAGCAGCAGCAGCAGCAGCAGCAGCAGCAGGGGUUGCUGCUGUGGCUGUGGCUGCCAGAUUGCUGGUUGCCCCUUCCCUGAGCUGCACCGGGAGCAGCAGCAGCAGGCGAACCGCAGAGGCAGCUGCAGCAGCAGCAGCAGCAGCAGCAGCAGCAACAGCAGGAUGCAGCCCCUUGAGGAUCUCUGCUGCAGCAACUUCGAAAGUCUAGCAGCAGCAGCAGCAGCAGCAGCAGCAGCAGCAGCGGUAGCAGCAGCACGAGUACCUGCAGCAGCCCAUGCAGGUGGGAUACGCCACACCCAGCUGCGAGCAGCAAGACAGCAGCAGCAGCAGCAGCAGCAGCAGCAGCAGCAAAAUCUGCUACCAGCUGCAGCAGCACGAACAGAAGAUUAG